AUGAGGCAAAUGGAGGAGUUUAGAGAGGCUUUGGAGUUUUGCAAUUUGCAUGAUCUUCAAUAUAGUGGCCCAAAAUUUACGUGGAGCAAUAAAAGGGGAGGAGAUGAUUUUGUUCAAGAAAGAUUAGAUAGAGCCACGACCAAUGGUGAGUGGUUGGAGAUUUUUCAAUAUAUGACAGUGGAGAUUUUGGCCACAAGAAGUUCUGAUCAUGCUCCUGUCCAUGUUAUGGCGUGUAUUCAACCCCAAGGUUUGGUGAGGCACAGUCCACGUUUCUUCUAUGAGGGAGGCUGGGGAAAGCAAGAGGAGAAUCGCAAAACUAUUAAAAAAGUAUGGGUAGCAAAGAUUCAGGCCGGGAAUGAAUGGCAAAAAUUAAAGAAGAAAAUUGAGGGGAGCAAGAGGGAGAUUCUUUGUUGGAGGAGGAAAAACAAGGAGCAAAAUGAAAAUGGAAUUGAACAAAAAACGAAGCAGCUUGUGCUAUUUCAACAAACAGAGGGGCCGGACAAAAAUGAGGAGAUCGAGCAGAUUCAAAAAGAUUUACAUGAGUUGUUGGAGGCGGAGGAGAUGGGGUGGAGACAACAAGCCUAG